UACACGCUCUUGCCAGUGAUUCGCAUUGUACCAAGCUACAGUAGUAUGUACGCUAAGUGAAACGCCAGAGGUAGAAUGAAGCUGUAGCCUUAUCUCUAUAAUGUAUCCUUGUACGAUUUUCGACAUGUCUUGUAAGGACGUGCAGCCUAAAGACGGGAAUAUUGUUUAGGGCUGCUGCUGUGGGGUGAUGGUAGGCUAUGACCCAGGGGCUCAGAGUCCUACUCUGGCUCCAGAAGAGGCCGCUCUUGCUGGGUCAGCUGCUGGCAUGGUGACACGGGCACUCAUCAGCCCUCUGGAUGUCAUCAAAAUUAGGUUCCAGUUGCAGAUAGAAAGAGUGUCGUCCCGGCAGCGUGAGGGGAAGUACUGGGGUCUGUACCAGGCCUCGCGCAGUAUCCUGACUGAGGAGGGGCUGCCUGCCUUCUGGAAAGGUCAUGUCCCUGCCCAGUUCCUCUCUGUCUGCUUCGGAGCUGUCCAGUUUGCCAGCUUUGAGGUUUUGACAGAGGGGGUGCACAAUAGUACCCAGUACAACAGUCAGACCCCUGGGGUGCAUUUUGUGUGUGGGGGACUGGCUGCCUGUUCCGCCACGGUGGCCUGUCAGCCCCUGGACACCCUGCGCACCCGCUUCGCUGCCCAGGGAGAGCCUAAGGUUUAUCCGAAUCUGAGACAUGCUGUGGCCUCUAUAUACCGCACUGAGGGAGUGCUGGCUUUCUACAGCGGCCUUUCUCCUACUCUGGUGGCUGUCUUCCCCUAUGCAGGAAUGCAGUUCUUCUUCUACAAUGUCCUGAAGAAGCUCAUGGGGCCACCAGAUAAGGACAGUGGCGGAAACCUCAAAAGCUUGGUUUGUGGCAGCUGUGCAGGAGUGGUCAGCAAGACCCUCACCUACCCCUUUGACCUCUUCAAGAAGAGACUACAGGUAGCGGGGUUUGAGGAGGCCAGAGUCAAAUUUGGACAGGUGCGUAGGUACAAGGGCUUUGUGGACUGUGUACUGAAUAUUGCUAAAGAGGAAGGCAUUCGAGGCUUCUUCAAGGGACUCUCUCCUAGCCUGGUGAAGGCAGCUUUCUCCACUGGUUUCACCUUUUUCUGGUAUGAGUUCUUCCUAAAUGCCAUGCACAACCUCAAGGGCAGGCGGUGAGCUAUGGGAAAUACACCAGGGACACUGGAAGAGGAUGGAUUGAAAAUGUAAGAUGAAAAGAAAAAAGAAAAGAAGAGGGGUUUGGCGCAGUCACUCUUAUGAUGUAAUCUACAUGCGAUGACCUUGUCAGCAUUCAAGUCAACGUCACUGUUAAGUCUCAGGACUUUAAAGUUAAUUUGAGAGAUGAAACUGGGUACUUUAUUUUUAC